UGACAGCUCACAGCUGUGCAAAAUAUGUGAAAAACUUGUUUUGUAGAAAAAUAAUAAUAAUUGGAGUGUACUAAUUGUAUUAAAACAGAAUUAUCUAUUAUUUUAAUUAGCAUACGUAUUUUAUUUUCAUCACAAAAUGUUAACGCUACGCGAUAGACAAAUAAAUGCCAUCAAGCAGAUGCUAAACUUAAAUCUUCAGCAGCCGAAAGCUCUAGCUGCGGAGCCAGUUUGGAAAAUACUAAUAUUCGAUCGGGUGGGACAGGAUAUCAUUUCUCCGAUAAUUUCCAUUAAAGAACUACGCGAGCUGGGUGUAACUUUGCAUGUGCAACUACAUUCCGACCGUGACUCCAUACCAGAUGUGCCUGCCAUUUAUUUCUGCUUGCCCACCGAUGAGAAUUUGGAUCGUAUUCAACAGGAUUUCGGCAAUGGUUUAUACGACGUUUAUUAUCUGAACUUCUUAGCGCCCAUCACACGUCAGAAGAUUGAAGACUUAGCUGCGGCAGCACUACAAUCUGGUUGCGUUGCUAAUAUACAUCGUGUAUACGAUCAAUACGCAAAUUUCAUUAGCUUAGAAGACGAUUUUUUUAUAUUGAAACAUCAAAAAAGUGAGCAGCUGUCGUAUUAUUCCAUAAAUCGUGCAAAUACGCGUGAUGACGAAAUGGAAGCGCUGAUGGAUUCUAUAGUAGAUUCGCUUUUUGCGGUAUUUGUUACAUUAGGGAAUGUGCCAAUCAUACGCUGUCCACGCAAUAGCGCUGCAGAGAUGGUGGCACGCAAAUUGGAAAAGAAAUUGCGUGAGAAUUUAUGGGACUCGCGGGCCAAUCUUUUCCACAUGGAUGCCACCCAAGCAGGCGGGGUAUUUAGUUUCCAACGUCCUGUCCUUUUACUUUUGGAUAGAAACAUAGACUUAGCAACACCAUUACAUCACACAUGGUCAUAUCAAGCAUUGGUGCAUGAUGUGCUUGAAUUGGGUCUGAAUUUGGUUUACGUAGAGGACGAUAGCGCAACGAAUACAGGAACACGAAAAAAACCAAAAGCUUGUGAUCUUGAUCGCAAUGACCGCUUUUGGGUUACACAUAAAGGGAGCCCAUUCCCUACGGUGGCCGAAGCUAUACAAGAGGAAUUGGAAUCAUAUCGCAAUUCAGAGGAAGAGAUCAAGCGUCUCAAAACAUCCAUGGGUAUUGACGGCGAGACCGAAGUAGCUUUUUCCAUGGUGAAUGAUACCACUGCGCGACUCACUGACGCGGUCAAUUCGUUGCCACAAUUGAUGGAAAAGAAGCGACUCAUUGAUAUGCAUACAAAAAUCGCUACAUCAAUACUGAAUUAUAUAAAAGCUCGACGCUUAGACUCAUUUUUUGAAUUGGAAGAGAAAAUUAUGUCAAAGCAAACACUCGAUCGGCCGCUUUUGGAAUUGUUGAAAGACCCAGAAUUUGGACUGCCUGAAGAUAAAAUUCGUCUAUACAUUAUUUACUAUAUUUGUGCACAAAAUGUACCCGAAUAUGAAUUUGAGCGCAUGAAGGAAGCACUGCAAGAAGCUGGGUGUGAUCUCUCGCCACUUCCAUAUGUGCAGCGUUGGAAGGGUAUUAUGAAUCGUUCGCCUGCAAUGAAUCCGGCUGCACAAUAUGAGGGCGGUGGUACGCGUACAGUAUCUAUGUUUUCGAAAUUGGUGUCACAGGGUUCGUCGUUUGUGAUGGAAGGUGUUAAAAAUUUGGUCGUCAAGAGGCAUAGUCUUCCGGUUACCAAAAUUACCGAACAGGUAAUGGAAUGUCGCAACAAUACCGAAACCGAUGAUUAUCUUUACUUAGAUCCGAAACUUUUGAAGGGUGGUGAUGUAUUACCCAAAAAUCGUGCACCAUUCCAGGAAGCUGUCGUCUUCAUAGUGGGUGGCGGCAAUUAUAUUGAAUAUCAAAAUUUAGUUGACUACAUCAAACAAAAGCAAACGGCAAAUGUUAAUAAACGUAUUAUUUAUGGUUCAUCGACGCUGAGCAAUGCGAAACUCUUUCUCAAGGAGCUGUCAGCAUUGGGGCGUGAGAUUCAAGCGCCCGUUCUGAGUUAGGAACGGCAAAGCAAAUAUGACAAGGUUUAUGGCAAAAUGAAAUGCUGUUGAACAGUGGCAAAAAAGCGAAAAGAGUGGAGUGUUGGCUUUGUUUUAACUUUAAAUGAGUUGUAUUUAUGUAAAUUAAAGCUAGUUUUGCAUUAAAGGACAUACAUAUGUGUUUGGUGGUGCAGUACUGGCUUUAGUUAUUCAUUAUGUAGCUGCUUUGUUUUGCUUUUUUUUUUGCGUUUUGUGCAACUAGCAGUUACAUACACCGGCGAUCGAAAAUGAGUGCAUGGUGAUUUUCGUUAGAUAUUUAUAAUGUUUUUCAGGUACAAUUUUUUUUUUUAUUAAAAUAUGGCUCAAGCUUUAACCAAAGCUACA